AGUAUUAUUUUUUCCAUCACCAACGCUUGACCAUUAUUUUGAAAAUUAAAAAAAUAAGUUUAAAUGUAAAAUUAAAUUAAAAAAAAAAACAAUAAUAAUCAUUAUAAUUAUAAAAUGUUGGCUAAAAAUUUUAUUCUCAGUCGUAUUGUGUUAUUAACAUUGAUAAAAUGUAUUUUUUGUUUUGAAAAUUUAAAUAUUUCAAGACUUGAAAAUUUGGAUAAUUGUGGUGGUGAAUACUCUGGAUAUCAAUACAGUAUAUUAAGCCCUAAUUAUCCAAAUAAUUAUACAAGUAAUCGUGAUUGUCUCUAUGUUCUUCAUGGUAGUCCUCUAGCAAAAUGUAAUCAAGUAUUUAAUUUACAUUUUUUUGAAUUUCAAUUGAAACAAUCAGUUGAUUGUAAAGAUGAUUAUUUACAAAUUGAAGAUAGGUAUUAUUUUUGUGGCAAUGUCGUUGGUGUUAAAAGAUUUUUAGGAAAAAAUAAUACUUUGAUUAUUAGAUUUCAUAGUGGUAAUGAAUCAGGUAAAGCUUUUAAAAUUUUAGUAACAACAUUGACUUGUCCAUCUGUACCAUCAGUUGUUCCACUUGUAAAUGAAUCAUCAAUCAAUGCUAGAGAUGAAGAAAUAAUUAAUAAAAAUCAAAAAAAUGAAAAUUUUAGUGAAGAAAAUUUAACAGAAUAUCCAAUGUAUCCAGUUUAUCGUCCUCAAAAUUCUUUUACAAAUGAAGACAAAAUUCAAUUAUCUCAUGAACAAUUGCCUCAAAAAAUUGAAUCAUUCAAUCCUCCUAAUAAUGAUUUUGAAAUAUUAAAAAAUAAUAAUAAUGACAAUGGUGUUACAAAAAAUUUAACAAAACCACCUAAAAUAUCAGCAUAUUUUUUCGUUCCUCCAGAUUCUUUGGAAGAUAAAUCAACAAAUUCUAAUAACAAUAUAGUUUUUAAUAAUAAAAAUUUUACACCAAAAUUAUCAACAGAAUUUCUUUUGCCAACAAAAGAUACACAAGUAUUUAAUUCAAUUAAAAAAAAUCAAUUAUCAUCAGUUGAUAAUUAUCAAAUAUCAAGUGGAAAAAAUGAAAAAUUAAUAAUACCAUCAAAUAAUUACGGUGUACCAAAUGUUGGAACAAGUGAAGUAUUUGUAAAUACAAGAGGAAUUCCAGAUUGUGAUGUUAAAGCAAAUAUUGAUACAUUCAUACCAGUAACAAAAAAUGUUCAUGAUACUUCAAAUGUUUUAAAUAAAUAUUUAUCAAGUAUUUUUCCAGCAGAAGUUUAUGGUGUACCAGGUGUACAAUUACCAUCUUCAACUCAAGACUUGGUAAUAAAUUCAAAUAAUAUACCAUCACCGAAUUAUGGGCCAUCAUUGUCUUAUCCAAGUGGUAGAUGUCCAGGUCCAAUUAAUCAAAUACCAUCUGCUAUUAUCCCCUCAUCAAUAACACCAAGAAUAAAUCAAUUUGGUCAGUGUUGUCGAAGUGUCUAUUCAUCACAACAAUUUACUCUGGCAUCACCAGGUUUUCCUUCAUUGUUACACUCGGCUAAUAGUUAUCAGUGUGCUUAUACAAUUGUUCCAUAUUCAUCAUAUGUUUGUCGACUAAGAUUACAUUUUAAAUUUUUUAAUUUUGGAGUUGAUGAUCAAUUCUGUCGAUAUGGACAUAUUGAAAUUGAUGGAAGAAACUAUUGUGGUUGCAAGAGUGGCUUGACUAUUGUAUCAAAUGUUGCAAAUUGGCAAACUAAAACAAUAUCAGUCAGAUACUUUGGAUAUCCACGUACAAAACUUAGUGGUUUUUUGAUUGAAAUUAUUCAAGAGACAUGCUCAUACAAUGGCUAUCCUUAUUUAUCAAGAAGUAAAAAACAUAUAAUCAAUGAGGAAAUAAAUUAUAGUGAAAAUAAUUCAUCGAGUUUAUUGAUCAGGGAUAAACGUGAAUUUGGAUAUGAAUAUCCAAAGCCAAAUAUUCCAUUUGAAAAUGUUGGUGAACAAUUAUUUGGAGGUAUUGGACAUAUUGGAUUUACGUCAUCAUCAAAAUGUCAAUCACUUAGCUGGGUUGAUUGGGGUUUAGCUGCGAAAGAGGUUUAUCUGAGAAAUGCAAGAUGUUUUAAGGAGGGAGAAAAUGGUGGAUUGCCAUCUGGAAAUAAUUAUCCUGGAUUACCGGGAAAUGGAAAUGGUUCACCAACGUAUCCUGGUACAGGAAUUAUUCCUGGAAAUAAUAAUCCAAAUUAUCCGGGUUCAGGAGUGUAUCCUAGUUAUCCAAGCUCGGGUAAUUAUCCUGGAAAUAAUUUACCUGGUUAUCCAAGUUCUGGUUAUUAUCCGGUAAAUAAUUAUCCUGGUUCUGGAAAUAAUUAUCCUGGCUCCGGAAAUAACUAUCCUGGUUCAGGAAAUAUUUACCCUGGUUCUGGAAAUAUUUACCCUGGUUCUGGAAAUAAUUAUCCUGGCUCCGGAAAUAAUUAUCCUGGUUCUGGAUAUUUCCCUGAUUAUCCAAAUACAGGAAUUUAUCCGGGGAAUAAUUUUCCUAGCUAUCCAGGUUCAUCCGGAGGAUUUGUACCAGGAAAUCCAAAUUUCCCUAUCAAUGGAAAUGGUUUUCUUCCUUCUGGUGGCUGCACAACUAUCGCUGUACCAGAAGGACUUCUUUCGUCUCCACAAUUUCCUAAUUUUUAUCCAAAUAAUGCCAACUUAUGCUACCGAUUUUCUCGAUCACCUGAUACCUGUAAACUUCAAUUGUCAAUACUUGAUUUUGAUGUUGAAUCGAGUCCUGGCUGUUACAAAGAUUAUUUGAUGAUUGGAAAUCAAAACACAAGAUAUUGCGGAAGAACACUCGCAGGAAGUAAAACUCUUUUGGAUUUUCCGAGAAAUAAUUAUAUUGACAUAAGAUUUAUUUCUGAUUCUUAUGGGGCUGGAAGAGGCUUCAAUAUUGGCUUUAUUCAAGUAUCAUGUCCACUCGUUGUCAAUCGCUAACAAAUAAUAAAAAAUUAUUUUUGAAACAAGUACUUCAUAAGUAUUAAAAAUGUAUUAAUAAAUAUAAUAAUCAUAUCAAGUAAAAAAACCAUUAGAUGUUUUUUAAAUUAAUCUUAUGAGGAUGAAUGUAACACAUCUGAAGAAAUAAUAAAGAUUAAUGUUUGUUUUGUUGUAUCAUUAAUAAUUAUAUACAAAAAUUAAAUAUUUUGUAUAUUUCAAAACGAUUUAAUAAUAAUUAUAAAUAAAUUAGAUUUUAUUUAUUAAUGAAAUAUUGAUUAAAAUUCAAACUUGAAAUAUUCUUAGACUUGAAUGAAUAUAAUAUAUUUUACUUUUUUAUAUUUUAUCAUUUAGUAUUUUUUAUUAAUUUUCAACUGUUUUUUUUCAGAUUAAUUAUUUAUAUUAACUGAUGAAAAAAAUAAAUUAAUUUCAUAACAAUAUUCAAGGACAAGAUUUAAAUUUCCAGACAUAUGUUUUUAUAUAAGAUAUUCGAAUGAUGUAAAAUAACAAUUAUUACUUUUCGAUAACAAAAAAAAAUUACAAAAUAAAAACUGUUUGUUUUUUAAUGUUGAUAAUAUA